AGCUAUAUGUUGUCCCAGGAUGAAGUGAAGGAUGACAAAUAUGUACUUUCAUCAAGACUGUACUCUAUGCUAAAUGAUCAACUCCAACAUUGGAAUACAGAAUUGGACCGAUACAAAGCAUUGACUGAUUCUUUGCAGGCUGACAGGACUCUUGUUGUGAGAAGGGAGAAGGACUUAAAUGUCAAAUUAGAGUUGGCAGAUGCAAUUAGGAAUCCCAUUGACAAUUCUGAUUCUAGGAUUGAAGAACUAGAACUUCAGCUGCAGAAGUGUAUAAUUGCAAAAAAUGACUUUGAGAUAAACAUGGAAGAAGCUGUCCAGGAUUCAGGAAGAAAGGACAUUAUAGCAGAGUUUCGUGUGAUGGCCUCAUCUUUGUGUAAAGAAAUGGGAAUGGUGGAAACUCAGUUGAAGCGGUGGAAGGAAACAGCUCAUGAAACACUUUGUUUAUGUGAUAAAGCCCAAUCAUUGAAAGCUUCAUCAAGUACAAAGACAAAUGAGCAAAAGAUCCUUGUGGACAAGUGUGGUGAACAGGUGAUAGAGAUAAAGUCUCUUAAGGCAUUGAUUGAGAAGUUGCAGAAGGAAAAACUGAAACUGAAAUUGUUUCGUGAGUGCUACGUGGGGGCAAUAGACUUGAUGGAAAUCAAGGAAUCAGAACGCAGAGCUUACUCUCAAGCUGAAAUGCUCAAGAAUGCAUUGGAUGAACAUAGUCUAGAGUUGAGGGUGAAAGCAGCCAAUGAAGCAGAAGCUGCUUGUCAGCAAAGGCUUUCUGCUACCGAAGCUGAAAUAACUGAAUUAAGUGCCAAACUUGAUGCAUUAGAGCGGGAUGUUAUGGAGCUUACUGAGGCUAUUGGAAUUAAAGACAAGGAGGCAGAGGCUUAUAUAUCUGAAAUUGAGACCAUUGGUCAGGCAUGAGAUAUGCAGAUGCAAAAUCAGCAUCUGUUGCAGCAGGUGACUGAGAGGGAUGACUACAAUAUCAAGCUUGUUUCUGAGAGUGUGAAGGCAAAGCAAGCACAGAGCUUUGUAGUCUCCGAUAAGCAGGCAUUGGCGAAGCAACUUCAACAAGCAUCAUUAGAAUCUCUAAAAAUUAGAGUUUCCCAUGGUGAAGAGCAGAUGAAGGCUCUCCUGACAGAUGCCAUAAAAACUACUGAGGAAGAUAGGCAACUCGCAGUCAACGUGGAAACUGUCAAGUGGGAAUUGGCUGAUUCUGAGGAGUUGCAGUGGUUGAAAUCUGCCUUUGCAUCUUCUGAGAAGGAACAUGUGCAUAUUGAAAAGGAUAUUGAUGACGUCCGAUUGGAAUUAGAGAAUGAGAGAAGCUCAAGGAAGAACCUUGAGGAAGAACUCGGGGAAUUGAACAGCAUAAUUGCUGAGAUGAGUUCUGAAACCGGAGAGGCUGCAAUACAGAAACUCCAAACUGAAAUAAAAUUCUGCGAAAAUAUUUUGCAGUGCAGUGUUUGUACAGAUAGGCCGAAUGAGGUGGUAAUCGUCAAGUGCUAUCAUCUAUUUUGCAAUUACUGCGUUCAAAAAAAUCUAGAGAUACGUCAUCGAAAGUGUCCUGCCUGUGGAACUCCGUUUGGUCAAAUUGACAUCCGGUUUGUAAAGAUAUGAAGAGAAGAGUUUCCGAUAUCCUGUAUUUAUGACCCUCUCUCGGCCCGCCUACCCUUUUUGAUCGCCAAGUAUCUUGUAUUAAACGGCAUAGAUUGUAGUUUUUCUUGCCGCGGUAGUCCCACGUCGGAACUGUGGCUUUAGUUGUAUAGGUUUUGUUCUGUAAAUGCGUUCGUUUCGUUUCAUGUUUCAGUAUUUGUUAUCCGUUAUCCAUUAUUUCCGAAUAACGUAGUUGAAAAGUAAGACAAAAGUGAAGAGGAAAGGCAUAAUGUUAAUUGCAUGUGCCAGAAAUUCUUUCCCUUUUUAUUUA